CAUCAGUAGUGUCCACUUAAUUUGAGGGCUGAGGAGAUAGGGUGUGCAGUUUGGACUGCAAUUUUAGUUUUCUUAUUUAAUCCCCCCAGGUUCCAGCUGGUGGAGGUAAUGCAACCAUUAACAUUGGCUUCCAACCGCCGUUAAACCCCAUAGAAGAAGAAGAAGAAGAAGAAGAAGAAGAAGAAACCCCCCCACCCCCCUGGUCACAUGACGUGGAGGUCUCCGGUCCGACGGACGAGAAAGUGGCGGAAUUUAAGGCGCUACGGAGCAUGGUAUCCAGUUUCGGAGUGUCGUAGCUACAAGUGUUAAAAAACACGAGCGGACGCAAGCACCCCCUAAAGAACGCCUUCUGCAGUCCAGCCCACUAUCAAGGAAUUGAAUCACCUGUGCCAUCGCAAGGCGGUAGACAGUAGUCUCCCUGACUUAGCGUCCAUCAAGUCAACAUUCUUCUAGGCAGAGGGAGGUUUUAUCUUGGUGAGUUGUGACCCUGGACUCUGACCUGGUCUCUGAUUCACUGGUCUUGUCUGGUGAUUCGCUGGUGCUUGACGAGGAGACCAAUAAGGAGUUGAGGAUGAACCUCCAGCAGCCCGCCCCUCUCAUCCCUCCAGUCCACCCAGACAUCCAGAUGAAGUCUCUCCCAUUCUACGACGUGUUGGAUAUCCUCGUCAAACCCUCCAGCUUGGGUCAGUGUGUCUCUGGAGCCAGUGGUGUUCAGAGAUACAACCAAGAUAAGUACUUCAUCUUCGCCUUGACGCCUCAACAAGUCAGGGAGGUGUGCAUCUCCAGGGACUUUUUACCAGGCGGCAGAAGAGACUAUAUGGUUCAGAUACAACUGAGGUUCUGUCUUUCAGAAACCAGUUGUCCCCAAGAAGACAACUACCCAAACAGUCUCUGCAUUAAAGUCAAUGGGAAGCUGUUCCCCCUUCCGGGUUAUGCCCCUCCCCCUAAGAAUGGAGUGGAACAGAAGAGACCAGGAAGACCUCUAAACAUCACCUCAUUGGUCAGAUUGUCCUCUGCAGUACCCAAUCAGAUCUCUAUAACGUGGGCACCUGAAAUCGGAAAGACGUACUCUGUGUUGGUGUACCUGGUGAGACAGCUCACCUCACCUCUACUGCUGCAGAGGCUCAGGAUGAAGGGCAUCAGAAAUCCAGACCACUCCAGAGCGCUGAUAAAAGAGAAGCUGACAGCAGACCCUGACAGUGAGAUUGCUACAACCAGUCUGAGAGUGUCUCUCAUGUGCCCUCUGGGUAAGAUGCGUCUGACUGUGCCGUGUCGAGCUCUCACCUGUUCCCACCUGCAGUGUUUCGACGCAGCCCUCUACCUGCAGAUGAAUGAGAAGAAGCCCACCUGGGUCUGUCCUGUCUGUGACAAGAAGGCCCCCUACGAGAGCCUGAUCAUUGACGGGUUGUUCAUGGAGAUUCUGAACGACUGUUCCGAUGUGGAUGAGAUCAAGUUCCAGGAGGACGGGACCUGGUGCCCCAUGAGACCAAGGAAAGAGGCCCUCAGUGUGUCCUCAACCUGUAUCCCAAAAAUAGAACCACGUCAGUGUGCGGUGGUCCCUCCCCACAGAGAGCCCAGCUCGACCAAUAAGAAGGCAGAUGUGAUCGACCUGACCCUAGAGAGCUCGUCAGAGGACGAGGAGGAGGAGGAGGACCCUGACCCGCCACUCAAGAAGCGAUGCCUCUACAUGUCCAAGACCGAGGAGGUGCACGCCAAGGGAGUGUUGUCCUAUCAGCCGUCGACGGUGUGCCUGCCAAACGUACAUGCCCUGGACACAUCAUCCUACCUGACGAACUCACUGGCCGACUAUACAGUCCCCUUCCACCACUCCACCCUGUCCACCGUCCCUACGGACAUGCAGGGUCUGGAUCUGUUCUCGCUGAUCCAAGGUGACCCGCAGCAUUACAGAGCUCCCAUGUUCCUGGAUAGCCUGACCAGCAGCCUGCAGGGUGCCACCACUAGCGCCGGCCUGGUGUCCUCUUCUAGCCAAUACGACACCAGUUCCCACCUCUUCUCCACCUCUUCUUACCAAACUGGGGUUAUUACCGGGGGAGGGGUAGGGUCCAACAGCAUCUCAGACAUCAUCUCAUUGGACUAAUUCUCUGGUCCCUGUGAGCUCAUUGGACUGAUUUGUCUUGUCACUCACAGGAGCCUUCUAUCAGAAGCCUUCAAUUGGCUGUGUCCUGAAAUGGAAUCAUAAUCCCUAUAUAGUGCACUACUUUUGGCCGUAAAGCAGAAAAUAGUGCACUAUAUAUGUAAUAAAGUCUGCAUCAGAAAUGGCAUCAUGUCCAUAGGCCUUCACCACUGGGACAGACUGUGGUCUUCACCACUGGGACAGACUGUGGUCUUCACCACUGGGACAGACGGUGGUCUUCACCACUGGGACAGACUGUGGUCUUCACCACUGGGACAGACUGUGGUCUUCACCACUGGGACAGACUGUGGUCUUCACCACUGGGACAGACUGUGGUCUUCACCACUGGGACAGACUGUGGUCUUCACCACUGGGACAGACUGUGGUCUUCACCACUGGGACAGACUGUGGUCUUCACCACUGGGACAGACUGUGGUCUUCACCACUGGGACAGACUGUGGUCUUCACCACUGGGACAGUAAAGAUACAUUCCUUUCGCCAGACCCUUGCUUUGUAGGUCAGAGUUGAUGAAAGGAUAAGAAAAUUAGAGGCCCCACACCUAGACUCCACGUUGACCUGAGGUGGCCGCCUCACCCGCAGACUCCACGUUGACCUGAGGCGGCCGCCCCACACCUAGACUCCACGUUGACCUGAGGCGGCCGCCCCACACCUAGACUCCACGUUGACCUGAGGCGGCCGCCCCACCCGCAGGCUCCACGUUGACCUGAGGCGGCCGCCUCACCCGCAGACUCCACGUUGACCUGAGGCGGCCGCCUCACCUGCAGACUCCACGUUGACCUGAGGCGGCCGCCUCACCCGCAGACUCCACGUUGACCUGAGGCGGCCGCCUCACCCGCAGGCUCCACGUUGACCUGAGGCGGCCGCCUCACCCGCAGGCUCCACGUUGACCUGAGGCGGCCGCCUCACCCGCAGGCUCCACGUUGACCUGAGGCGGCCGCCUCACCCGCAGGCUCCACGUUGACCUGAGGCGGCCGCCUCACCCGCAGACUCCACGUUGACCUGAGGCGGCCGCCUCACCCGCAGACUCCACGUUGACCUGAGGCGGCCGCCUCACCCGCAGACUCCACGUUGACCUGAGGCGGCCGCCUCACCCGCAGACUCCACGUUGACCUGAGGCGGCCGCCUCACCCGCAGACUCCACGUUGACCUGAGGCGGCCGCCUCACCCGCAGACUCCACGUUGACCUGAGGCGGCCGCCUCACCCGCAGACUCCACGUUGACCUGAGGCGGCCGCCUCACCCGCAGACUCCACGUUGACCUGAGGCGGCCGCCUCACCCGCAGACUCCACGUUGACCUGAGGCGGCCGCCUCACCCGCAGACUCCACGUUGACCUGAGGCGGCCGCCUCACCCGCAGACUCCACGUUGACCUGAGGCGGCCGCCUCACCCGCAGACUCCACGUUGACCUGAGGCGGCCGCCUCACCCGCAGACUCCACGUUGACCUGAGGCGGCCGCCUCACCCGCAGACUCCACGUUGACCUGAGGCGGCCGCCUCACCCGCAGGCUCCACGUUGACCUGAGGCGGCCGCCUCACCCGCAGGCUCCACGUUGACCUGAGGCGGCCGCCUCACCCGCAGGCUCCACGUUGACCUGAGGCGGCCGCCUCACCCGCAGGCUCCACGUUGACCUGAGGCGGCCGCCUCACCCGCAGGCUCCACGUUGACCUGAGGCGGCCGCCUCACCCGCAGGCUCCACGUUGACCUGAGGCGGCCGCCUCACCCGCAGGCUCCACGUUGACCUGAGGCGGCCGCCUCACCCGCAGGCUCCACGUUGACCUGAGGCGGCCGCCUCACCCGCAGGCUCCACGUUGACCUGAGGCGGCCGCCUCACCCGCAGGCUCCACGUUGACCUGAGGCGGCCGCCUCACCCGCAGGCUCCACGUUGACCUGAGGCGGCCGCCUCACCCGCAGGCUCCACGUUGACCUGAGGCGGCCGCCUCACCCGCAGGCUCCACGUUGACCUGAGGCGGCCGCCUCACCCGCAGGCUCCACGUUGACCUGAGGCGGCCGCCUCACCCGCAGGCUCCACGUUGACCUGAGGCGGCCGCCUCACCCGCAGGCUCCACGUUGACCUGAGGCGGCCGCCUCACCCGCAGGCUCCACGUUGACCUGAGGCGGCCGCCUCACCCGCAGGCUCCACGUUGACCUGAGGCGGCCGCCUCACCCGCAGGCUCCACGUUGACCUGAGGUAAUGAGGAACAGAAGAUUGCCUUUUCUAUUGGAUGAACUGACAUGGAAGCAGGAAGUGGGACUAUGGUUGACGGUGUGUAUUGUUUGAAAUGGUUGUGUGUCAGUACCUAGGAGGAGUCAUCCCAAGGCAGCUCAUUGUUGUUUUACUAACUAAUUAAGGGUUCAAGGAGCAACACAAUGUAAAACCCCAUUGUACGGUACAUUCGGAGUAUUUAUACCCCCAUUGAUUUAUUAAAUAUUAUGUUACAGCCUAAA